AUGCGGUAUCAGAAUUGGGACGUUCUCAUGUUUCCUGGCAGCUCGAGAGUGCCAAUUCAGGAAUUCGACACGAAAUGUUACGGAUUGGAGCAGAAUCCCGGGUUCUCUACUGUCCUACCGGCGAUCGACACUGACCGCAAUUCCUUCGAGUCCAUGACCGUUGUUCCUGUCCUGACCUCGUUCGUAGCAAGCCUUGAGCGCGGCGCAGCAUUCCGUGUUUCAAUCCACUGCUGGGACAAGCCAAAGCCUUCCAAUCUCCUGCUGAACUACAAGACACCCGAUGAAUCGGUCCUCUUUCGAGCUCGGGUGUACAUUGACGGAGUGCUGGCUGCUCACCGCACGUUCGAGGGGGGAACUUGGCCUGAAGUCAUCGCUAAUGUUUUAGAACAUGGAGACCAGCGUCUUCGCUUUCCUGCCUUCCACAAAGAGAUCCUUCAACAACCCCACUGGGAACCCGGUGAAUCUCUCGGCCGUGUCAAGGUAAUCAUCUCGGAAGGGGUCUUGCGAGAUAUAACCCCUCCAGCGCCGGCUGAUACGAUGUUUGACCGGCUACGAGAUGUUGUCGUAUUCUCCUUUCAACACGCACCACAAAAUAUCCUCGAAUUUUCCAAUAUCGCGUGGCCAAACACAAAAAUCUUUGCGAGGCUGUCCAAGAGAGUUCCUCGACCGGGACCGAUCGGAUCUCGACUACCACCAGUUUCGGGUCACGAAGCCCAUUCACAUUCGCCCCUUCGUCCCGCAGCGGCAAUUCGCGGUGGUAAACCACUAUCAAGUGGGCUCGACGGUUUCCAGAGACUACUAAAUGCACAGACAUUCUCGGAUCUACAGUCUGAUCCGGUCAGCAAAGCCUCGACUUUCCCCCUCUCAGACAAGGAGUCUCCCGAACGUCGAGAGCUUGUGGGAGGUACGGUGACCUGUGAAGACCCGUUCAUUUGUCCACAACCUAUUUCGUCACAGCAGUGGCGGCUACAACUGAGAUCGACGAGCCACGACCUUCCCAUGCCAGAUUAUACUUCCAACAAGACUGAGACCAGUGGUGGAUGCACCGAGAUGUCCGGGGUAAGCUUUCCCCGAGCAAACUUUCUCAGGCAUAUGAACGAGGCAAAUCCGCAAGAAAUCGUGCAGGCUCUGAGCCCUGCUAGGCAGGAGGAAUUGUUGCAAGUGCUCAGUGCUUCACACAGCCCAGUCAGGGGUACCCAUGCACCAACCAACACUCCACGCUCGUUGUCAGAUCAGAGCCGUCCACAAUCACCAUUGAUCAAGGAUGGAGCAGGAACACGGCAGAUGAUCAGACUCGAUGGUCCACCUGGCCGCCGUGAUCCGAGCGACAGUUACUGGCCUCUCCGGCUGCAGAAAAGGGAACAGCGGCGUCGAACAUACUCCGACAGCAGCAUCAGGAGCACGUCCGGACCAGUGAAGGAGAGCAUCAAGCACGACAUCAGUCCAGUGUUGCCUCGUGAAUGGGCUGGCAAAGAUGGCAGCGGCCCUUUGGUUCCCAUCGGUAUGAAGUCGCUGUCCAUGAACGCCCAACGGCAAAGGUCCACCUCAAAUGCGUCGAAACGCAAGCGUGGGCCUGCAUCUCCAUCAGUAGGAAUUGGAAAGACGCAGGAUCCAAUACACGUGGUCAUUGACUCUUCGACAUCAGGAGCAGGACUGGAGGCAGGUCUCAAACACAACACGCCGACAAGAAUUGUCGUGGCACUGAAUGAUGAGCUACGUGAACCGUGGAAGAAAUACCGGAAGUUCAAACCUCUUGAUCUCCCCAAUCGACAAUGGCCCUCCAAAACCAACGAAAAGCCUCCCCGGUGGCUUGCUACCGAUCUGCGAGAUGGCAACCAGAGCUUGCCCGAUCCUAUGGAUGGUGAACAAAAGCUACGCUUCUUCAAAAUGCUCGUCGAGUUGGGCUACAAGGAAAUCGAAGUCUCGUUCCCCUCUGCCUCACAGACCGACUAUGACUUUACGAGAAGCCUAGUCGAAACGCCCGGAGUGGUCCCGGACGACGUCUGGCUACAGGUGUUGUCUCCCUGUCGUGAAGAUCUGAUCCGGAGAACCGUCGAGUCCCUGAGAGGUGCAAAGAAAGCCAUUCUUCAUUUAUACCUUGCUACAAGCGACUGCUUCAGGAGAAUUGUGUUUGGCAUGACGGAAGACGAAAGCAUCGCAUUGGCUGUUAAAUGCACCAAGCUCGCUCGAUCCCUUACGAAAGACGACCCGAGUCAGGCAGGCACAGAAUGGCUUUAUGAGUUUAGCCCGGAGACCUUCUCAGAUACCUCGCCCGAGUUCGCCGUCCGGAUCUGUGAGGCAGUCAAGGAAGCAUGGGGUCCCACUGAAGACGCCAAACUAAUUUUCAACCUUCCCGCCACCGUCGAGAUGUCGACUCCUAAUGUUUUCGCCGACCAGGUGGAGUAUUUCAGCACUCAUAUGACAGAACGCGAAAAGUUCUGUAUUUCGGUCCAUCCCCACAAUGAUCGCGGCUGCGCAGUGGCCGCGGCAGAGUUGGCGCAGAUGGCUGGUGCGGAAAGAGUCGAAGGAACCUUGUUCGGAAACGGAGAGCGAACUGGGAAUGUGGACCUGGUCACUCUGGCACUGAAUCUUUAUACUCAGGGCAUCUGGCCCAACGUGGACUUUAGCGACAUUGGCAAGGUCAUCCGCGUUUGUGAAGAAUCCACCAAGAUACCCGUGAAUGAGCGAUGGCCGUAUGGCGGGCAAUUGGUCGUCUGCGCCUUCAGCGGCUCUCACCAAGACGCCAUCAAGAAAGGGUUUCAGGUUCGCAAAAACAAAGGUCUGGGCCAACAGGACCCAUGGGAGGUCCCUUACUUGCCCCUCGAUCCUCAAGACCUUGGUCGAACCUACGAAGCGGUGAUCCGGGUGAACUCGCAAUCUGGCAAGGGUGGUGUUGCCUGGAUUAUCCAACGUAGUCUCGAACUGGAUCUGCCUCGUGGACUUCAGGUCGCAUUCAGCAAAAUUGUGCAGAAAGAAGCGGAUGCGAAGGGGCGGGAAUUGCUGCCGCGAGAAAUCCAGGCUCUGUUCGAAGAGUCGUAUCAUCUCAAGAAGAACCCGAGGUUUACACUGGUCGACUACAACAUCACGGCGGUCAGGACAACGUCCCCUGCACCCACGAUGAAAUCGUCAGUCGGCCAACCGCCACAGACGGCUGCUCCCGCUCAGAAUACAUCGACUGCGAAACGUCAGUUUGCCGGGAUUAUCGCUAUCGACGGAAUCCAGCAUCCUGUCGUGGGCGUGGGCAAUGGAGCGAUCUCAUCGUUGGCUAACGCGCUUCACUCCCUGGGAAUCGAUCUUGACGUCGCCGACUACAAGGAACAUGCCAUCGGUGAAGGCCGAGAGGUCAAAGCCGCCACCUAUAUCGAAUGCACCGCCAGUGGCUCGCACGAGAAAGUAUGGGGCGUUGGUAUCCAUGAGGAUGUCGUCCAAGCAUCUUUGAUUGCGCUUCUGAGCGCUGCUAGCUCGUUCCUAACCUCGCGAGUUUCUACUCCCGUCCCAUUCCGACCGAAGCAUACGCCUCAUUUCUCAGACGCUGAGUUACAAGCUCUCGAACGGUUAAAUCUGAAUGCAUCAGAUACCCCCAGCAGUCCCCUGAGAUCAUCCAUGACAGCAGACUCGGUUCCCGCGCCUUCCAAAUUGAACAUGGAACCCAAUGCCGGCAGUGUCUCGGCCAACCGGAUCGACAUCGAUCUUUUGGAAAGGAAGGCGGAGGACAUCAAUGGUCAGUCGCAAAAGUCCUGA